UUAGUCUAUUUUCAACUUGCCAACUUACCUUUUAUCCUCCCAUAUUACCCACUCUAGCUAACUCCCUUUCCCACCUUCUUUUACCUCUCUAUUUUCAUCAUCAGCAUCAGUAUUAACAUCCCCAUCAACAUCCCCAUCAUCAUCAUCUUCUGUUGUCUUUUUUUCACCAUUUACUGACUGUCGUAACAACAAAAGCCUCUUACCAACAGUGGCAAUAGCAACACAGCAACAAACCCGAAAAGACGGCGACAAAAUAAACAAUCAUCAUUAUCAUCAUAAACUUUAUUAUAAUUAACAUCAUUAAUCGUCUCUCUUAGUCUCUCUCUGUCUUUCUCUUCCUUAUGUUCAUCAUCAACAACCGUUAAUAAUCAUCUUGCAGUUAAUUUUGUAAAUUGUGUACUUUUAUGUAGCAACAGAAACUUUUUGGUUUUACUUUUUUCAUCAUAUGUUGAACCAACAUUGGAUUUUGUGAUAUUUGUCCUGGUUCUUGUCGUGUCUCUAUUUUGUGUCCCUUUUUAAUUGUUAAUUUUUAAUUUAAUCAACAAUAAAUUGAAUAAUGACAAACGGAUAAUAAAGUGAUUACCAAUCUGAUUAAUAAUAUGUCUAACAACAUUGAAAAGGAUAAAUAUCAUCGAGCUGCUCGCGAUGGUUUCCAAGACAUUUUAAAGGAAGCAACCAGAAAAGACUGUAACAAUCCAGAUGAAGAUGGGUUAACACCGACUCUUUGGGCAGCUUAUUAUGGUCACUUGGACGUAUUGAGGUUACUCAUUGGUCGAGGAGGUGAUCCAGAUAAAUGUGAUUUCACUGGUAACACUGCGUUACAUUGGUCAUCAUCAAAUGGUCAUAUCAAUUGUGUCUCCUUUCUAGUCAAUUUUGGGGCUAACUUGUGGUCGUUGAAUAAUGACUUUCAUACAGCCAAGGAUUGCGCUGCUGUUCAUCAAAAAUCAGAGAUUCUUGAUUUUCUUGAUACAACGAUGGCCAAGCAAAGCGCACUCAACCCCAAACUGGUUCAAAAACAGAAGGAAAAAGCUAUAACUGAAGCUGAAAAAAGGAUUAAAGCAUUCGACAAGAUUGCUAAAAAAGCUCAUAAGAAAGCAGAAAAGGAAGAAAAGUCGAUGGAAAAAUUUCGCAAAAAACUUUUAGAACCAAUCUCAUCUCUACCUUGUUCCCUGAGAAGAGAUACAAAUACAGCUAAUACCGGGUCAACAUAUACUUCCCAUGUAACACCAACUGGUGUUGCUGUUGUUAAUGGAUCAUUGAGUUCAGCUCCAAAAUUUUCAGAUAUAGUCAACAAUGGGACCAUGACAAAUAAAAGUCGUGGUUUUGGUGGAGUAUCUCGCAAGGUAUUACUCCGUAAACAACAAUCUGAUUCAAUUUCAACUGCAUGCAGUGGUGAUUACAAAUCUCGUAGUGGAAGUGAACCUGGUUUAAAAGAGUUACUUUUGGCUAAUGGUAAAAAAUCAAUUCGAUCGUUAACUGGGUUAAGAAGAGGCGAUGAUGUACUUUAUGUACGUAAAUACGACGUGAUUAACAAUAAGAUUAAUUCUGAACGAUCAAACAGCUCUCAUCAUAUUUAUGCCUCUAUCCCGUGUAAAGAAUCAGAUUCAUUGUCAUUGUCAAAUGGGUAUUUGGAUUCGGGUAAAUGCAGUGAAAUGAGUAAUAACAGUAUUAACAAAACUAAUUUCACUAACAAUAACAAUCACAUUAACCAUCAUUACCAUCAAAACAAUCACAAUCAUCUUUAUCAAUCUAAUGGUGAACGUUUAUAUGCACGACCAGCCUUAAGAGAUUUAUUUGGAUCAUCGUGUGACGAUUCAUCAACUUAUUGCCAUCCUCGGACAAGUGAUAGAUCCUUUUCAUCGUCAACAGGAUUCCUUGGUUUCAAGAAUAACCUGCAUCGAACUGUGUCUGAGCCCGAUUUUUUGAGCCACAUGGCAGAUUCAGGUUUAGGAGAUGAAAUGAUUUCAUGUAAUACCAUUCAAGAGUCAUCAAUAUUUGAAAGACCAGGGUUUGGUUCAGUCUCAUUUAGACAUUCCCUUUUAUCGGCUUCCAGUUUAUUAACGCCUUAUACCGAUACAAAGAAAUCGUCAUCAAUUAAUAGAGAGGACCAGGAAACUGCUGAUUCAACGGACAAUUCAGCAAAACAUUACCACAGUUUGGAAGCUUUGAGGGCAGCUCAGAGUAACGGUGAGGAUAAACCAGCUAAUGGAAGUAAUAUUACUGCAAAUGGAACUGGAUCAGAUUCAAUUGGAAGUGCUGGAUCAUUGGCCCAGAGAAAUGCAACUUUGUCAGUCAUGUCAGGAACCACUGGUGGGUGGGAUGAAGAUGGUAAUACUUUGAUUGGUGAUUCAGCUUCUUCAGCAUCGAUUAACAAUAAACAGCGAGGAGGAGGCAAAGGAGGUCCGACAAUUGAAAACGGCUCUAAAAGUGUUGGUGAUAAUGCUGAUGAUCCAUCUUUGUUGACUCCAACAACACCGCCGGUUGUAUUGUUUCUUGCUGCUCAAGGAAUGCUUGAGUAUACUGAAGUUUUUCAAAAGGAAAAGAUUGAUCUUGAAGCUUUGGCUUUACUCAAUGAAAAUGAUCUCAAAUCACUUGGUCUACCUUUGGGUCCAAGGCGUAAACUAAUGUUGGCUAUUGAAAGACGUAAAACAACAUUGAAAGAACCUGGUUUAAUUACUGACACUAUUUUAUGAUCAUCAAUCAAUUUGAAAUGGCCUCACUGUCCAAGUGCCAAUUUCUUCUAACUAGCUUCCAUCAUAACCAUCAUCAUCUUCAUCAGCCAUCUUCAUUAGUUGUCUAUCACUUGUUUAUAAUUUGUAUCCUUCAUUCACAUUUUCUUUUAAUUGUAUUCUUAUUUCUUUCAUUACUACCAUCAAAAUUUAUUUUGAACCCAUCAACGACUUUUAUCUCAUAACAAUUUAUUACCGAAUUCGCUGUAAUCACACCAACACACUGUUUAUUUGAGCCAUGCUUCUAAUAUAAGAUCCAAGAAUCGUAAAGAA